AUGGAAGGAGUGGAAGUGCCCGGUGAUGUCUUCUUCCCCAAACGAACGCAGACACAGAUGGCGGCGGUGAGGAAAUGCUGCUCUGAUACCGAUACAAUGGCCCUGCCAUGGAGCUGCGUGUGUGCUGAAUUGAAGAGGUAUAAACCCAGCAAGUUCUGCCCAAAUUAUGCAGGUCUGUGCGUGCAGAGCCUGUACUUCUCUGUGAUGAACUCACAUGAAAGUCACGACGGAAUUGGUCAGGAGCUGGGAGACAGGACAACAUGGAAGUAUCUUGGUGCUUGCCGUAGACGCUUUGUGUGGAGAAAUCCUUUUCUUGGAAGGUUUGAAUCUCACUGGAAGCCUUUCCUGACCAGCAAAUCCUUAUGCUCACUCAUGGACAGACCUUUUAAAGGAGAGUUCGAAGCAGUUCUGUGGUUCUGUAAACUGCCUUUUGGACUGCAGAGUUCAGUUCUCUCUGCCUUUACCACACUGCAGCUUCUUCCAGAGCAGGAGUUGCCUGGAUCCUUUGGCCAUUUAUGGUGCCAAAGGUGCAUUGUGGUCAGCAAUGGCUACUCCAUCCAUGGCCAACGCUUUGGGAAAAUUAUUGACUCUCACCACGUUAUCAUAAGAUUAAAUGAUGCUCCAGUAAAAGAGCACAAGAAAGAUGUGGGUGAGAGAACCAGCAUCCGUCUCUUCUUCCCUGAAUCGGCUCUGCCUAACCCUCUGGAAAACAGUGACAAUGAUACGCUGAUGGUGUUAGUCCCAUUCAAGCCCCUGGAUUUCCUCUGGCUAAGGGAAGUAUUGCUGAAAACAAGGAAGAAGACGAAGGUGGGGGUUUGGCGCCAGCCCCCCUGGGAGUGGAGGGGGAAUGUCUCUCAGCUACGUAUUCUCAACCCAUAUGUCACCUAUGAAGCGACGUACAAACUGCUGCAGCUGAAUGCGUCAAGUGGGAUGUUCUCUCUUUUCCCUUCCUGGAGAUAUGCCACCACGGGAAUCAUUGCUUUGAACUUAGCCCUCCGUAUGUGCCAAGAGGUCAAUAUUGCAGGCUUUGGUUACCCUGGCAACCAUGCCAAUACUACGCCAAUACAUUAUUACAAUAUGGGUCACUCACGGAAAAAAGAGCUCUUUCAGCACAGUAUCACUGCUGAGAGGAACUGGCUGCUGAAAAUGAUCGAGCUGGGGGUGAUUGCUGACAUAGCCAGCCCUUCCUUCCAGGCCUAG